AUAGAACUGUUAAUAGUUGUCACCCUCUCGAUGGAAAAGCUGUGGUGAGGCCUGAUCUCCAGCUGUGUGCAACAAAAGAGAAUAACAUGACAGAUUCACCCUAUGAACCUGAGGAGGCUGUGAGUAUGAGUAGCCAAUCUGGAUCUCUGUCGGGGAGCUCCGAAGACACUGACAGCAGCUCUGAUCCUGAAAACUUGGAGGAAGAGGAGGAAGAGGAGGAUGACCCCAGUGAUGGAAGUGAUGCCACUGACUCAGAUAAAGAUUAUAAGUUGACAAAAAAGCUCCCGCGGCUGACGCACAGCACAUAUGACACUCCGAAGAAGAACCCUGGAAGUACAGCUAUAGAUAUGGACACCACCACAGGCCAGCGAAAUCGGUCCUGUGUCCCUCUGAUCUCAGCUCAUCCUCCCAACCCUCUUCUGUCCAAACCUUCAGAGGAGCAGCACUUGAGAAUCAACCCAGAUAUGAAGGAACAAGAUUGGUGGUUCUCUCUAAAAUCCAAGACCUCUUCCUUAUCAAAUCCAUUAUUUUUGUCAUCCAAAUCUCCUCCCCUGUCUGUUUUACCCACGUUGCCACCUCAAAAGUUAUCUCACAAUGCCAGAUUGUCGGUGUCUUCUUCUAUAGAUAUGGCUCGCAAUAUGACAUCAUGGGGACUUCAUGUAGACAGUAGUGCUCUAAAGAGGCUGGUCUCAAAAUCAGAUUCCUCAACCCAAGCCCAAGAUGUACAUGUCAAAAACUCUACCUCUCAAUCAUCCAGUCUCUCAUCCCUGAGUAGAGUAUUUGAAUCAUCUCCAGCCAAGAACAAAACUGCUCCUCUUUUCAAUUCUCACACAAAUGGAUUGACUCAGGAUGCUCCACUGGCUCUGGUCGUUCAACCACGUAAUCCCACAAACAGUCCAGUAGCCCCUUGCUCCCAAUUUCCAAUGCCUAUCAACUAUCUAUCAAGUAAGCAGCCACCAAGUAUUUCCCCAUAUAAAGGUACCAGUGGUUUAAUGUGUCAGGCUCUCUGUAAACUAAAUGGGCAAAAUAAGACAGAUAAGAUUAAAACUGAAGACUCUGAUGACUCCUUAAUAGAUGGUAAUGAUACUGAAGAUGCCAGCAGUAACACAUCAGAUUCUAGCAGCAGUGUUGGAGUAACCUUUGAAUCUUCUGAUGAUGCAAAAGGCAACCGUGAGACCAGUAGUGAUGGAUACAGGACUCCUCAGAAACAUAACAAACAGUUACAGUCCUCACCCAGUCCCUCAGCCAACUACUCCCUUCUCAAGACGUCGUGCCUGACCUUGGACAGUUGUGGCAAUGUAAUGACCAGAUUAGAGACAUUGAAAAACCACAGCAGUAACAUUGUAUUUUCUACACCAGCCUCUCUCCCAGUACAGAGGAGGAGAGUAACAGAUGAGAAGGCGUUAAGAGUACCUUUGGAUUUUGGCUGGCAGAGAGUGACGCGGGUUCGGGCUGAGGCGGGGCGUCUGCAGGGAGAAGUCUGUUACUACGCUCCCUGUGGAAAGAAGCUCAGAUUGUAUCCAGAUGUACUGAAGUAUUUACUCAGAAAUGGGAUAACUGAAAUUUCUCGAGAUAACUUCAGCUUCAGCACUAAAAUCCAUCUUGGGGAGUUCUACCAAGCCAGAGAAGGACCAGAAGGUUUACAGUGGCUGCCGUUAGCUGAGGAGGAGAUUGCCCCCUGUAUCAUCGCUAUGGAUGGAAGGCGUCAACGGAAAGCUCAGGGUCAACACACACACUCACUGCAGCCUCUUGUUCAUUCACCAGACAGUGCUGAUGCCAAGCUGCUGAGGAAACUGGAGGCUCAAGAAAUAGCUCGACAAGCCACUCAAAUGAAAAUCAUGAAAAACCUUGAGAGGCAGGCAAGAGCACAAGCAGCCAAGGAAGCAAAGAAACAACGAGCGAUAUUGGCGGCUGAGGAAAAACGCAAAAAGAAGGAACAGCUGAAGAUUCUUAAACAGCAAGAGAAGAUCCGGCGCAUUCAGCAAAUCCGCCUGGAGAAGGAAGUCCGUGCACAGCAAAUUCUGGAGGCAAAAAGGAAAAAGAAAGAAGAAGCCGCCAAUGCCAAAAUAUUAAAGGCAGAGAAAAGAAGCCAGGAAAGGGAGAUGAGGAGACAGCAUGCAAUUUUGCAGAAGCACCAGGAGAAGGAGAGAAGAAGGCAACAUCUAAUGCUUCUGAAGGAAGCAGAGGCCCGUAAGAAAGCAGAGGAGAAGGAGCGUCUAAAGAAGGAAAGGAAUGAUGAGAAACUGUUGAACAAAGAAAGAAAACUGGAGCUCAGACGGCUGGAAUUACAAGAGCUGAAAAAACCUAGAGAAGACCAGUGUUUAACAGAUCAUAAGCCACUUCCAGAUCUCUCCCAUAUUCCUGGCCUUGUUCUGUCUGGUAGAGCGUUCUCAGACUGCCUCAUGGUUCUACAGUUCGUGCAUAGAUUUGGGAAAGUCCUGAGCCUAAACACACUGAGUCUAAGUGAGCUUCAGGGAGGAUUACUGAACAUGACAGACUGUGUGGACAAAGUACAGAAGCUUCUGGUGAACAUGGUCUCUGCUGCUGUGGGGGACCCCAAUCUACCUCACACACACAAGAUGAAAACUGCCUUAGGAGAGCUUCUGUCAAACGUGAAGUUGGACAGUGACAAUGUAUCAGAGGCUCUGAGGAUCUACAUGGAAAAUCACUGUGAUCCAGAUUCUUACUUGAACAUUUUGGCUCUGAGUCUUAGGACCAAAGACUUCCGUGCCCUCCAUCCAUCAGAGAAGACCGCCAUACUGGCAUAUCUGGUGAACAAACUCUGCUGCUGUAAAGCUGUGGUCAGUGAAAUUGAUAAAAACAUUGAUCACAUGGCCGGUUUAAGGAAGGAGAAGUGGAUUGUGGAGGGAGCACUUCGCAAACUAAGGAGAAUUCAUGCCAAGAAAACUGGAAUGAAAGUGGCAGAGGGCACGCAGAAUUGUGAUAACCUUGCAGCUACGAACAAAAGGAAAAGAAAAGAGGCUGAAAGUGAGGAAGACGAGGAUGAAGAGGAGGAGAGUGACGAUGAAGAGGACGAGGAGGCUGAAGAGGAGGAGGGGAAGAAAGCUAAGAGAAUUGAAGAGGAUGACAACAUACAUUCUGCCAGUGUGGAGGAGCUGGAGAAACAAAUUGAGAAAGUGGCUAAACAAAAGACUGAGCUCAGACAGAAGCUCCUGGAGGCCUCAUAUUCACUGCGCUCCAUGAUGCUGGGACAGGACCGCUACAGGAGGUCUUACUGGCUUCUCCCUGAGUGUGGAGGUGUCUUUGUGGAGGGGAUGGAAUCUGAACAAUUCUGCCCAGGUCAUGAGGAUAUUCUGAGCGAGAAGAGACACAGCACUGGACAAGAGACGCCUUUAAAAGAGGAAGAUGUCGACAGAGAGGCCAAAACGACCACGGACUCAAACCUCAGUAUUCACAAUAACCUAAGAGAGCCCAUAAACUCUAAUGCUGAUCAUUCUCCACUGGAUUCUACUCAUUUUCCCAGCCCCAAGUUCAAAAACAGUUCAUGGACAAGUGCCUCUGUACCUCUGCAUCACAAAAGUAGCGUGUUUGUGAACCAGUGGAUCAGCAAUCUGCCUCCUCCAUGUACUAAGCCCAUUGUCAACACGAGUCCUGUUCCUUCUUCAUGCUCUUCACAGACUCCUCCUUCAGCUCUUAUUUCUAGUGCUUAUAGUUCGACUGAGGAUGGAGACAUGCAGCAGCAGUAUGCCCAGUCUGGCACUCAUCACGGCGGAGGGAUAUUGUGCGACAUGUCCAGAGAAUUGACAAGUUCAGGCCUGCCCUUCGCUGGCAGCUCUGUACCCCCCACGAGGGAUCUGACUUCCCAGCAUGCACGGGGCAAUGCGAACGGCGCCCCCUUCCAGACAAGUCACCUCUCUGUCAGCAACACCCAGCCCACCGCGCCCUCGACGGACAGCCCCACCCCAGCCCCCUCCUCCCACCCUGCUGAGGAUGUGGCACUGCACCAGGAGCACUCCAACCCUACGCCUGUCCCGAAGGACAUGCUACAUGGCUGGUGGUGGAUGCCAAAUGUAGAGGAACUGAAUCAUCUCUGCAAGGCACUUCAUUGUCGAGGGAUCAGAGAGAAGGCUUUAGCUAAACAGAUACAAAAGAACACGGAGUACCUGGCCCAGAUCUAUAAUCAUAAAGACGAUGCAGUUAUUGAUGUAGUAAAGCUGGAAAAACAAGCUUAUUGUAAGGAGAUGGUUGACCAGUGGUGUGUUCAGAAACAGGCCAUGAAGUGGGACAUUCGUGCAUUAAGACAGGUUGAGGAGUGGGAAUCAAGAGUCAUUUCUGCCAGUCUGCAAGUUAAGGACUGGACACCCCCUAAACCUCAGUCCCAGUGGGAGGAUCUGCUUUACCAUGAGCAUAAGUCAUCCUCAUCUCCUGCCCUCCUCAGCCCUCUGGAUACAGCUGUCAGCAGGCUGGCAGAGUUGGAGCGGAAUAUCGACCGGAGGAAAGAAGAAGAGGACUCCCCCUGGAGGAGACUGUGGCACAAGGCUCUGUCUGAGGUCCACAGCUCUGCUCAGCUGGUCCUGUGCAUUCAGCAGCUGCAGAACAAUAUUCCCUGGCAUCGGGCCAUUACAAAAACAGAGUGCCAGAUAUGUCACAGUGGUGAUAAUGAAGAGUUGCUCCUGCUGUGUGAUGGUUGUGAUAAAGGAUGCCAUGUUUAUUGUCACAAACCCAAGAUCAACUCUAUACCAGAGGGGGACUGGUUUUGUCCUGUUUGUUCAAACAAGACACAGACGCAUCCGAGUCCAACAUCUGGAGGAGGGAAGAGGGCCAGUGAAGGAAAACCAAGCGGUAAGCCAUCUGUGUCCGGAGAGCUCAUCAAAGAGGAGACUGCCAGCAGGAGCAGCAGCACGCCAAGGAAAAGUAUCAAGGAAGGGAAAAAAAGGAAAGCAGACAGCGGUACAUCCGGCUCCAAGACCAAACGUGACCCUCCUGUCUCAAAGAAGGCCAAAAUGAGAGAUGGAGGCACUGAUGAGCUGGACGUGUGCCAGCAGCUGUUAGGUGAGUUGGAGACUCACCAAGACGCCUGGCCGUUCCUCAAACCUGUGAACCCCAAGUCUGUCCCUGGAUAUAAGAAGGUGGUGAAGAAGCCCAUGGACCUCUCCACCAUCAGAGAGAAAAUCGCCAAUAAGCAGUAUUCAUGUUUGGAGAGCUUUACGGAUGAUGUGAACCUAGUCUUUGACAACUGUGAACGAUUCAAUGAAGAUGAUUCUGAAAUUGGAAAAGCAGGACACAUUAUGAGAAGAUUUUUCAACAAAAGAAGGGCUGAAUUACUGAAGUGAUCAAAAGAAUUCUGAAUCUCUUAGCACCUAAAAUUUUGUGACAAUACUAAAACUGUGAAAGUGACAUUUACAGAAUUAUUUGCAGUAAUAAAAGGGCAGUAACUUGGUACCAUAUCAUAUGCACUUAACAUACUGUGUGGAACUAUGUUUACAAGGUUUCCCACAGAAUAUGCCUUGGUUUGUAUAUACUUAUUAUGUGUUAACAUAUCUGUUAACAGCAGUCCUUGAAAGAUAACUGCAACUAAAUGUGUCACUGAGUUGAAUGUUACUUUCUGUAUAAUAUAGUGCCUCACAUGAAAGUCAAGUUUCAUGUUGGUGGCAGUCGUGUGAACAUUUUUGUCCAAUGGUUUAAGUCAGUUUUGCCAAGUAUAGCAGAACAUUACUCAGUGGAAAACAACUGUAUUUAUUGGUCCUUUGUUGGCAUUAUGAUAAACCAGAAGAAAUGAUUGUAAUGUUUACAUUUUGUACAAUGUACAGUUUAUUACAUACACACUGUGCUUAGAAUAAAUGUUGAAUAAUUAGCCACGU